AUGGAGCGGCCGGGCAGUAUGGAGCGGCCGGUGGGCGAGAGGGGGAAGCAGACGCAGCAGGCGGGCGCGUCGACGCAGGCGGACACAUCGACGCAGGCGGACACGUCGACGCAGAGCGAGGCCGAGCUGCGCGACCGGGCCAGCAACCGGUCGCUCCCCCAGUCGCGGCCCCCCGACGCCAGCGACCGGCCGCUCCUCGACGAGCUGUUCCCCGAGGCCAGCAGUCUCGCCCCGCGCGAGCCCAUUGACCGGCGCGGCCGCCCCGCGCCGCCCAAGCUCGAGCUGCCCGCGCCCGACGCCAACCCGCACAUCCGCCUGACCCUCUCCGACGCGCGCACCGACCGCGAAAAGGCCAUCGACUCGUUCCGCGCCCGCGGCGAGCACACGACAGUGCUGCAGCUGUCCCACUGCAGCACCGCCCUGACCGAGGCCGACUUCCGCCGCCUCGUCCCGCGCGGCGCCCACAUGGACGCCUGGUCGCCGGCGGCGGCUUUUUACAAGAUCAUCCCCGGCCGCGACCCGCUGUCGCUCGCGCGCCUGCCCUUCUACUACCUGCUGUUCCACUCCCCGGCCGCCGCGCUCGCGUACCAGAAGAACGCGAGCCGCCUGAGCAAGCUGACGGCCCUGCACGCGGCGUCGGGCAUCGCCAGCGCCGUCGCCCCGCCCGCGGGCUUCCUCGAGCACGGCGAGGACAUGGCCGCCGUCGCCGCCGCCUUUGUCCUGCACCCGCCCGGCCACGCGCUGCACCUGCACACCGUCAUGCAGCCCUACAACCGCGCCCUGCGCGCGCUGGUCGACGCCGGCGGCUACGCGCCCAUUGUGCGCGCCGCCGACGCCAGCGGGGCCGCCGGCCACCGCGUCCUGCUGCACAUUGACGGCUACGAGCCCAGCCACUGGGACCUGUGGCAGACGCUGGCCCGCCACGCCCAUGCCCGCGGCAUCAUCUGGCCCUUCCGCGACGACCGCCCGUCCGCCCUGCGCCGCCUGCGCGACGCCAUCAGCCUGCCCACCCUCGCCCGCGACAAGUUCCAGGCCACCGCCGCCGCCAGCCCGCGCGCCUCUGUCGGGCACAUGCCGUCCGCAGCCGAGCACGGAGACGCGUCCGAGGGCGCCGACGCCGACGCCGACGCCGACGCCCGCGAACUCAACCAGCUGGUCAUGAACCGCGUCUACAACCGCUGGAUCGUCGAGUUCGACGACGCCGACGCCGCGAGGCGCUUUGCGGCGCUGUGGCACCGCGUCGUGCUGCCCGCUGCCAAGGAGCGGAAUGGCGCCUGGAAGGACGUCGAGGAGGAGCGCUGGGUGCAGGCCGAGUAUCUGUGGUGA